AUGAAGGCAUCACUCCUUACUCUGCUUCUGCCGGCGGCAGCGAGCGCACGUUUCAUCGAGGCCAACGAGGUCAACCGUAUCCUACCCUACACUGAUGCGCUUCUUGACGAAGUUGCCCCAGAGCAGUAUCUCAUCGAGCUAUCUCCUGGCGAGACGCGAUGGGUGACUGAAGACCAGAAGUGGGAGCUUCGCCGAGCAGGACAACGGUUCUUCGACAUCACGGAGAAUGGCGACCUCGGCGCCAUGCGACUUGCUUCCAAGGCGACCCCCGUUUUCCCCAAGAAGAUGAUGGCACAGUCCGACAUCAAGCCUCUGCUCAAGAACCUGACCAAGAGCGGCAUGGAGGACCACCUCGAGAAGCUCACCAGCUUCCACACACGAUACUACAAGUCGGAAACUGGCCGGCAGUCUUCCGAGUGGCUGCUGAAGGAAGUACAGAAUACAAUCAAGGAGGCUGGCGGAGAUGAGUACGGCGUCAAGGCCGAGCACUUCAAGCACUCGUGGGGACAGAACUCCAUCAUCGCCACCAUUCCCGGCAAGUCAAACUCGACCGUCGUCAUUGGGGCGCAUCAGGACUCUAUCAACCUUUGGUUCCCCUCGGUCCUUGCCGCUCCCGGUGCCGACGAUGAUGGAAGUGGCACUGUGACAAUCCUCGAGGCUUUCCGCGUGCUCUUGUCGUCGGAACAUGUCAUCAAGGGCAAGGCGCCCAACACGAUUGAAUUCCACUGGUACAGUGCCGAGGAGGGUGGUCUGCUUGGCAGCCAGGCCAUCUUCUCGGAAUACGAGAAGCAGAAGCGUGUGGUCAAGGCCAUGCUCCAGCAGGACAUGACAGGUUUCGUUCAGAAGACCAUCGACGCCGGCAAACCCGAAAGCGUCGGUGUGAUCACGGACUUUGUCGAUGCAGGUCUGACUGCCUUUAUCAAGAAGGUUAUUGAGGAGUAUUGCGACAUUCCGUGGGUCGAGACCAAGUGUGGCUAUGCCUGCUCCGACCACGCCUCGGCUUCCAAGGCUGGGUACCCUUCCGCUUUCGUGAUCGAGUCGACUUUUGGCGAAUCGGACGACCACAUUCAUGGCACUGAAGACUUGAUCAAGUAUCUGUCGUUCGACCACAUGCUUCAGCAUGCUCGGAUGACCCUUGCUCUCGUCUACGAGCUGGGUUUCACCGACUUUAAGAGGUUGGAGAGCGAGAACCGGGCUGGGGAGCUAUAG